AUGGCUCGCGAAUACUUAAACCCUCGAUUCCCCCAAAGCUUCAAGAAACUUUCUCUCUCAGCAUCACCAAGCAAGAAGCAGCACCCUAUUCGCAGCAACUUCUUCGACCACAAAACAUCUUCUUCACUUUCAACACCCUUUAGUAACAAGCUUCCACUAAGAUCUCGUCCAAUAAUGUCGUCCUCUGCCGGCUCGAGACGCCAGCAGCGCGAUCCCGCUGUAGCAGCCCCUCCUCCACCCCCCGCGGCUCCCGUCCAGGUCCUCACGGGCCUUGAAGAGUGUGGAAUCCUUGACAGCAUGUCAAAGAAGCGUACUCGGUCCCAGAGUACCCCGAGUGACGAGGCGCGAUACGCGAAGCGUGUCAAGAUAACCACCAUCUCAGCAAACGAUGACAUGGUUACUAAUAACCGUGUCAUCACGCGGUACUUUGGCCACGGCCUGAUCAGGAAGCAGAAGAGAGCUCUGGCGAGAAUGAGACGUGACUCGGCGCGUAUGCCAGCUUCCUCCCAGAGAGGCAUGGCCAACCCUGGUGUUCUCUGCUACCGCUUGAGUCUACUCCAGUCCCUGCUACACCUCCCAGGUUUCGUCAACUGGGUCAUGGACUUCUUGGGUCCCGAGCAGUGCGUCUCCAACCACUGCUCGGACUGUGUGUCGUGUUCGCUGCACCAGCUGUGUGUUGCUUACUGGUCGGGGGCCUCGCUCGCCAUCCCUCUCAAGCACUUUGACAACACGCUGAAGAGCAGCGGAUGGUCCACCGACACAGAGAUCGGCCACGGCGACCCGGAUGAGCAAAUGGUCAAGCUCUGCGACUACCUGCGGGGAGAGCUUCCCACCAAGUACUUCUCUCUGUUGGACCACACCAUAUCCAUGCGGUUCAACCAGGUGAUCGGAUGCCCAUGUGGCAACAAGUCCGUCACCCCAAACCGGACCACCUCCAACCUGGCACUGUCGAUGCAGCCCAAGUCUGCCGCCGGUCUUACCGGAUACGUGCGCAAUCUUAUGCAAGACCCGAGCCCCAUCGACGACUACCAGUGCCGAAAGUGCGGGAAGAAGGUCACAGCCCGGAUGUACUCGGAGGUCACCCACUUCCCCAAGAUCCUGUCCAUCCAGCUCAAGCGGAUCGACUUCAGCGGUCGGAAGGACAACUCCGCAGUCAAAAUCCCUGCGACCCUCGACCUCAGCCAGUACGCCGUAGACCCGCGAUACAGCAAGGGCUUGUAUGAGCUCGUCGCCGUCAUCAAGCACCAGGGCACCGCCCAGUACGGCCAUUACAUCUGCGCGGCUAGAGGCCCGGAUGGGCUGUGGAUGAGCUACGAUGACCUGAAGAUGAGCAAGACUACCUUGGAGGCCGCGACCAAGAACUGCCGGGGGAUGACACCCUACAUGAUGUACUACGAGAAGAAGCGGGCUCCAUUGGCCGGGGAGGUGCAAGCUUGA